GUUUACCUCCUCUAGGGGACACAUAAAGACAGCAGGAAAUUUACUGAAGCUAACACUCUUUGUGACACGGCCAAUGUAGUUCACUACAUGCUGGUUUUCUGAAUUCUUGGUCGGGGGGUGAACUCCUGGGAAGCGGAUGAAGAAACAAAUUUUGCUUUUGUUCAACUUUAGAGGACUAGUACGCAAAGGAAAAAAAAGUAAAAAGAGAAAAUGGCCAAUUUCAUAUUACGGAAAGCUGAACCCAAGGAUGUGUCUGAUAUCUUGCGACUUAUAAAGGAACUGGCUAAAUUUGAAGAGAUGGAGGAGCAGGUCAUACUGACUGAGAAAGAACUACUUGAAGAUGGCUUUGGAGAUCAUCCGUUCUACCACUGCUUGGUUGCUGAAAUCCCAAACGAACAGCAGUCCUCAGAAGGGUACACUGUGAUUGCCUUUGCUAUGUAUUACUUCACUUAUGACCCUUGGAUUGGGAAGUUGCUCUACUUGGAAGACUUCUAUGUCAUGCAGGAGUUUCGGGGUUUUGGCAUUGGUUCACAAAUCCUGAAACUUCUGAGUGAGACGGCAGUGAAGACUCGCUGCAGCAGCAUGCACUUCAUUGUAGCAGAAAACAACAAAAAGUCUAUUGAGUUCUACAAACGAAGAGGAGCAGCUGACCUCUCCUAUGAGGAGGGCUGGCGUCUUUUUGCAAUAGAGAAGGAGGGGCUGCUGAAAAUGACUGCCAAAUAAGUUUACUGUUAGUCAGCUUGUACUGACUGUUGGUGAUGGCAACAAUCCUGUUUUGUUUGGUCAGUGAUUUUAAAAUACAUUACAUACAUAUAUUUUAAAUACAAAAAAAAAAUCAGCUGUUACCUUUGAUAAACAAUAUAUGCAAAUGUCUGCUGAUCUGAAAUCUGGAAAAGACUUCUGCUUAUUUCUAACUACUAUUUCUAAAAUCAUAAACUACUGUUGAUGAUUUUACCUAAUGAUUUUUUUGUGGGUUUUUUUGCCAUUGUAUGAUUUAAAGGGCUUAUUUAACCCAAACAAAAGCUCUGCAUGUUUUAUAUCUUAUAUGUCAUGCAGGAGUUUCUACAUAUGCUAAAAUAUUGUUCUAAUUUCUGCUUUGUUUUCCAACAUUGUGUGAUGUUCAAUAUAUGUGGCUCGUAUAUGGAACCAAAAAAAGUAUAAAAUUCCUAAAAUAUGUUCUAACUCCAGUCAGCUUUGCUUUACUUGAAGAUACAUAUUUGUACUUUUAUGUAUACACCCAAAAAUGAUUCCUGAUGUACUGUUUGGUCAGCACUUUGUGAAUAAUAAGGGCAAAGUUUCCUCAUAAAGUACUUAGAUGGAUAAACACAAUGAGUGGCUGUUUUUUUUUUUUUAAUCUGAGCUUCCCGUGUAUAACAUGAUACGAGUAUGACUUGCAUGACUUGCAUAACUUGAUUAUCAUGAAUUUUAUUCAUUUCCUGGUUUCCUAUAACUUUUUGGCUUGUCACUCUUUAUAGCUGCAAAGUGUCCUUGUGACCCCCUCAUCACUGCUACAUGAGCUGUGGAACUGAAGGCUGAUUUCUGCUUAGACUGUUUCAUUUUAAUAAUUUUUAACUUUUUGCAUAUUAGAAAUGUUUUCCUGUUGUUAUUCCUCCUCUUGGUCAAACGUAUUAAUCAUUUUGUGACCCUUCAGAUUCAUUUUGUGAUCUGUUGGGGGAUAUUUGAUAAAUCAAUCAGUAAUUUUGAAAUAAUGUCUGAAUUAAGUGAACAUUGAGUGUUAUUACAAACCAUUUUACAAUGAAAUGUUAAUCCUCAUGUGCAAGUAAGAUUAGAAUAAGUGGUGAAAGUUUUCAAAUCCCUUAAUUUGAUAAAAGUAGCAAUGCACAAACUACUCCAUUACAAAUAAAAGUCCUGCUUUCAAAUGUUGCUAAAGUAAAACUCACCAGCAAAAUGUACUUAUCUAUCAAAAGUAAAAAGUACAUAUUGUAUAGACUGUAUUAUCGUCUAAGCAACAAUUCAAUGUUGCAUCUGGUUGCAGAGGAACUUAUUCUAACAAUGUUAUACUUAUCGGUGGGUUAAUUUUAAACAAAUGUAUUUUGCAUUUGUAAUUUGAGAACUAUCUACAAACUUCUCUGUCAGAUAAAUGUCGAGUAAAACGUACAUUAUUAUUAUUUAUAUCAAUUAGUCAGCUUUCAUCAAACUUGCACUCGAACUAGAUCCCAACUGAGGAUAUUUGGGGCUGAUGCUGAUACUGAGAUUAGAGAGAAUAAAAUAAUGUGACAUUGAUAUAUUUGCUGACAUAAGCACUUUUUUUCUUUUCCUUUUUUUUUUUGCAAUGAUCCAGUAAACUUCAAUGGGAAUUAAAAAAACUAUGAAUUAAAAACACAGAGGAAAAAAAACAUGCAUUAUAUGGCUGGGCUCUAAUUGGAAGAGUACUUUCUGCUACCAUUGCUAAAAACUGUACUUCAAAUGCAGUAGAUAUAGCUAUGUGGAAUAUGAGGCUACUUUCUAAAAUAAAAGUUUUCAAAACCUUA